UGUGUACGUGUGUGUGUGUGUGUGUGUGUGUGUGUGUGUGUGCCGAGACAGAGCGAGAAGUGUCAGCUGGUCGAGAAGUGCAGGGUGAGACCGGUGCAUGUGUGCGUGCGUUUGGACGCGUGCGAGUGUCGAGUGUGAGUAGACGUGCGCGCGUGUGCGUGCGUGUGUGUGUGUGUGUGUGAGAGCUCUCGCCGAGGGUGGGAGGGGGGGCGACAAGGUGAAGACAACAGAUCAGCGGACGGAGUUUUUUAAGGGGGAGCCAGUUUGCGCGGAGGUCCAGAGGACGAGGACAGUCGAAGUGCGCCGGCUGCUGCUCCUCCGUGCGUCCUCGCACACGAUUCCUGAGCUGCGUCCUGCGAUUUCAUUACCGGUACUGCUGAGACCAUUGGGCGCCAUUCCCCUACAGAGGGAACGCUGACGGAACACCAUGGCCUUAGCGGGAUGCCCUGACUACUUCUUACGUCACCCGAACUACCAGGACAGCAUGGACCGUUCCUCCCCUCGCCGGCCUGAGGAGCUGAUUGUUCCAGGCUUUCAGCGUUCAGCCAGUCAAAAUAUGCCACAUCACAAUGACGAUGAUGUGGACCUGGAGCAGCUGGUGAAUGAGAUGAAUUCCUCCAUGGAGAGUGUGUACUCCACGCAGGCAGACACGGCACUACUCUUGAACAAUGGCCACAUGCAUACUCCGCACUACCACCACCACCAUGUGCACGCUGCCUACCCGGGACACGGCCAGGCCCACCGUCAUCACACCCCGCCCCUGCCCCCGCCCUCCCCUUCCAGGGAGAGGCUGCGUCACUCUCAGCCCAUGCACAUCCAGGCAGUCAGGUGCCUGCAGGAAGAGCAACAGCUGCGUCCGGCCUCCUUGCCAGCCAUCCCCAACCCUUUCCCAGAGCUCUGCAGCCCAGCAGGCUCCCCUGUGCUCAGCCCCAUACAGCCCUCUGACAACCAUAUAGUGAAGGUGUGGAGCGAGGAUGGGGCCGGUAAAGUGGUGGAGAUUCCAGCACACAUGACGGCCAGGGACAUCUGUCAGCUCCUGGUCUACAAGAGCCACUGUGUGGACGACAACGCCUGGACGCUGGUGGAGCACCACCCCAUCCUCGGCCUUGAGAGGUGUCUGGAGGACCACGAGCUGGUGGUUCAGGUUCAAGCCUCCAUGAGCAGCGACAGUAAAUUCCUCUUCAGGAAGAACUAUGCCAAAUAUGAAUUCUUCAGGAACCCCCUGAACUUUUUUCCUGAGCAGAUGGUGGCUUGGUGUCAGGAGUCUGACGGCUCAAUCCCUCAGUCACAACUCUUACAGAACUUUCUGAACUCCAGCAGUUGUCCAGAGAUCCAGGGCUAUCUGCACAUGAAGGAGCCUGGACGCAGGUCCUGGAAGAAGCUCUACAUGUUCCUGCGACGCUCGGGCCUCUACUAUUCUACUAAAGGAACAUCCAAGGAGCCCCGGCAUCUGCAGCUGCUGUCAGAUCUGGAAGACAGCAACAUCUUCACCAUCAUCACGGGCAGAAAACUCCACAAUGCCCCCACAGACUACCAGUUCUGCAUCAAGCCCAGCAAAGGGAGGAGUGACUGCAAGGAGCUGAAGAUGCUGUGUGCGGAGGACGAACAGAGCAGGACCUGCUGGAUGACUGCCUUCAGACUGCUCAAAUAUGGGAUAGUGCUGUAUCAGAGCUACAACAUCCCCCAGCAGAGGAAGGCUAACCUCCUGCCUUUCUCGGCGCCUGUGCGGAGUGUGUCUGAGAACUCCUUGGUCGCCAUGGACUUCUCCGGAAGGACCGGCCGAGUCAUCGAAAACCCUGUCGAGGCCCAGAGUGCCGCCCUGGAGGAGGGACAGACCUGGAGGAAACGGAGCCAGCGUAUGAAUGUCCUGGGCAGUCCCAGCCCCCUGCACCCUUCCUCCCUGAGCACAGUGAUCCAUAGGACACAGGUUUGGUUCCAUGGUCGCAUCAUGAGAGAGGAAGCCCACAAAAUGAUCAUACAACAAGGCCAAGUAGACGGGUUGUUCCUGUUGCGGGACAGUCAGAGUAAUCCCAAAGCGUUCGUGCUCACCUUGUGCCACCACCAGAAGAUCAAGCACUUCCAGAUCCUACCGUGUGAGGAGGACGGUCAGGUGUUCUUCAGCCUCGACGACGGCGCCACCAAGUUCACAGAUCUCAUCCACCUGGUAGAGUUCUACCAGCUCAACAGAGGAGUGCUGCCCUGCAAGCUCAAACACCCCUGCACCACUGUGGCCUUGUGACACUCCAGCCCCCCUCACACACACACACACCUUAACCCUUUUUUUUGCACACCUUUCAUCCAGAGACCCUGCCCCCCACCCAUCUGCACCCUCCCCCUCACCUACGCAAUGAUGUCGGGGAGACAGAGAAAAGUUAAGUCUUGGGGAUGUGAACAACUCAGCAGGUUUGAUGUCCCCAAUACGGCAUGCUUUUCUCCGCCUUACCGCUGUGUGGAUGUUUGGAUGGGAACCGUUUGGACAGUCCUCGCAUUGCAGAUCAUGGACUCGGCAGUCACCCAACUCCUGCGAUUUUAUCACAGAGACUCGUUUGUUUUUGUCUUUGCAAUUUUGACCCUUGAGAGAGACCAUUCAUUGUGAAAACACAAGACCGCUAAGAUAUGUUCAGUAGGAGUGCUACAGGUCUCUCAGAUGGAUCCCUCCUUUACGUCCCUCAACCUCCCCCAUCCUCCAGGCCUGAUAAGCUGUGGUGCCCGCCCGACCCUCGCCCCCUCACUACCGAGGCGGGCAGGAAGCGCCACCCUCUGACUUCCUCAUCAAUCAUCAGGGAUGGACAGGAACCUCUCUGGGUCUUAUCACACUCGAUCCAAGAGUUUUCUCAACCUGUGCAGUCCAGUCUGGAUAAGCUGACCCUCACCCAACACCGUGCAGACUUUGACGUAGCGUCUGCUGUGUCCUACCCCACAAUCCCACAAACCCCUGGUGCAACCCCCGAUCCCUGCCUCCACACAAGCUCAGACAAAGGUCGGAGAAGGAAAGAGAAUUAGCUAAAGGCAAGAUAAGCAGAGCAGUGGCGAGGGUUUGCUGAAAGGGCAGAGGAAUGUUUAGGGGAGGCUGUAACAAGCCUCUCGUGUAGAGUUGAUUACUUGAUGUCAUUUUAAUGCUGUUUGAUUACUGUUGAUUCAAUGCAGAACUAGUUUUGCACUCCUGGGCGGACAGACGACAGCUGUUCUCUCUAGCUAAAUGAAGCUGGCUGCUCUCCGUUCGUCAUCCUGCUCUUCCUCCUUCACCCCGCCCUUCUGAAUAGCAUGCAUGUAAAUUUCCACCAGCUCUGAUUGGAUUACAGUGGCGUGGGAGCAAAGAGAGUUGCAGCUGAUAAUGCAGUGCCUUUCAGAAAGGUUUGGGAACAUCUUGCACCAUCAUGACCACACCAUGGAUAAAAAAUGAAUGUGCUCUUGAACUGGCACUUACAAAACUGUGAGGAGGAGGAGGAGGAAGACUGGUCUAGUCCAGCUUCUACCAUUUCAGUCUUUUUUUGGGGGUUAAAUCUGUUUGUUUGUCUGAAUUUGUCUUUGAAUGUCAUUUUCUUUUCCUAAGUCUGUUCUGAGCUGAAUGCUUGCACAUUUUAAUUAUCCUGAUUUGAGAAUUGAUGGGUUGGAGCUGUCAUGUUCGGAUUCUGACCACUGUUCCCUCACUCCAGAAAAGACAAAUCAACAAAAGCACUCCCAUGACUUUUAUUGUGUUUGAAUAUGGAAUUGAACAAAUGACUUGAAAUGUGAACCUAGCUGACCGUGUGUCAAGACACGGUCGGAUGAGCUUCACUUGCCUUAAGUGAAAAUUGUGAGCUUUGUUUAUGAAAUCGAAGCUGUAUUAAAAUGCACAUACAGUACACACA